CUUCCAAGUUCUCUUAUAUUUUUCUCCAAACCCUUUCUCCUUCAUUUUCCCAGUCACUUCCUCUCCCUCCCUCUCCCCCACCCACUGAUUGCUAUUGGCAAAUUUAGGAAUUUGAUUGUGAGCCAAAAAUGAAAAAUAACAGCAGAGGCUUUUUAACAUCUCUGUAUGAAUGGGAAUGACUCUGGCUAAGUGCAUCAGCUGAUAUGUAUACAUAUUUGUGAUACUCCAGUGAAUCACAGACUCCAGAAGACCAACCCCCGCAAAUUUAUCUCCGCCUCCUUCUCUGGCAUGGAGAAUAAAAGCUCACCGGAAACAUCCCAAAUGCAUAAGUGGUUCUCAUCUUUUUUGGCAGCCUAAAACCUGAGUGGAGUUUAAAGAGAACUAAAUUGGACCAUCCAGUUUCCUUCCCAGGAUCAUCUGGACAGGUUGUAUUUUUAUUUUUAUUACUGAUAUUAGUAUUAAAAUUUUAGAUAUAAAAAGUUUAGGUGCAAAUUAUAUAUCACAAAACUGCUAAAAAAGGAAAUAUAGAGAGAAUAAAGUCUAUAUUAAUACUUUAGUUACAUAAUAAUGUAAAGCAUUUUAAAGCCUUUUUAAAUCCUUUGUUUGUCAUUAAAAAUAAAUCUUGCAUUACAUAAUGCUUUUCUGUUUAAAUAAUUUUAACACAAAACUACGGUAUCAUAGUUACCUUGUAGGUCCUGAAUGCUGGACAUGUUCUCCAUUUCAUUAAUAAGGAAACAGAGCAAGCAGAGUAGAAACAGUUAAAAUGAAGAGUGACUUCUAAUCUGGUGAUCACUUCUGUGAAAUAUGUCAGAACCAGUCUCAUAGUACCAUGGGCCUUAUAAACAUUAUCAUUACUUUUAGUGUACCGCUUUCUGAUGGAUUCUUCCAAAUCUUCUGACUAUUGUGAAUACUUUGGCAAAAUCCAUGGAAUUCUAAUGUAUAAAGAUUUUAUAAAACAUUGGGAUGAUGUGGAGACAUUCCAGGCAAGACCAGAUGACAUUGUCAUUGCCACCUAUCCUAAAUCUGGUACAACCUGGGUUAGUGAAAUUGUAUACAUGAUCUGCAAAGAGGGUGAUGUGGAAAAAUGCAAAGAAGAUGUCAUUUUUAAUCGAAUACCUUUCUUGGAGUGCAGAAAAGAAGAGCUGAUGAAUGGAGUAAAACAAUUAAAACAGAUGGCAUCUCCUAGAAUAGUGAAGACUCAUCUGCCAGCUGACAUUCUUCCAGCCUCAUUUUGGGAAAAUAACUGUAAGAUGAUCUACCUUUGCCGGAAUGCCAAAGAUGUCGCUGUUUCCUUUUAUUAUUUCUUUCUAAUGGUAAAUGCCCAUCCAGAUCCUGGAUCUUUUGAAGAGUUUGUGGAGAGAUUCAUGGAUGGACAAGUGCCUUAUGGUUCCUGGUAUAAACAUGCAAAGUCUUGGUGGGAAAAGAGGAAGAAUCCACAUGUGCUUUUUCUCUUCUAUGAAGAUAUGAAGGAGGAUAUCAGAAAAGAGGUGAUAAAAGUGAUACAAUUUCUGGGAAGGAAGCCAUCAGAAGAGCUUGUGGACAAGAUUAUACAACAUACUUCAUUCCAGGAGAUGAAGAACAACCCAUCUACCAAUUAUACAACACUACCAGAAGAAAUCAUGAACCAAAAAGUUUCUCCCUUCAUGAGAAAGGGGAUUGCAGGAGACUGGAAGAAUCACUUUACAGUAGCACUGAAUGAGAAAUUUGAUAUACAUUAUGAGCAGCAAAUGAAAGGGUCUACUCUAAAGUUAAGAACUGAAAUCUAAGAAGGGUUUUCUUAAUAUAUCUAAGGUUAAAGCUUUCUUCUCAUCGUUCCUCACUUUUUUCAAAUUUUGGAUUGGUAGAGAAGGAAUCAUAUGAAGGAUCAUGAUUAGAUUCACAUGAUUAUUGAAAUGUUCAUAUAAAAACAAGAUUUUUGUCCAGGCUAUGGUCUUUUUUGUUUUCUUUCUUUUUCUUCCUUUUUUUUUUUACAAAUAUUGCACAAAUAUAUAACCUAUAAAUUACUACAAAUCUAUGAUCUAUGUGUAUGAUGUAGGAACACACAGUUUGAAUUGUCGAGUUAAAAAUAACCAAAAAUGUCCAUCAAUGGAUGAAUGGAUAAAUAAGAUGUGGUAUAUAUAUAUACAAUGUAAUAUUACUCGUCAAUAAAAAAGAAUGAAAUCUUGCCAUUUGCAACUAUGUGGAUGGAACUAGAGGGUAUUCUGCUAAGUGAAAUUAGUCAGCCAGAGAAAGACAAAUAUCAUAUGACUUUACUCAUAUGAGGAAUUUAAGAUACUAAACAGAUGACCAUAAGGGAAAGGAAGCAAAAAGAAUAUAAAAACAGGGAAGGGGACAAAACAUAAAAGACUCUUAAAUAUAGAGAACAAACAGAAGGUUGCCGGAGGGGUUGAGGGGGGGGCUAAAUGGGUAAGGGACAUUAAGGAAUCUACUCCUGAAAUCAUUGUUACACUAUAUGCUAACUAACUUGGAUGUAAAUUAAACAAUAUAUAAAUUUUUUAAAAAACCCCAAAAAAUAAAAGUAGUUAAAUAUCAAAAAACAAAGACAGUUCAAAUUCUUUAUGGCUACUUUUUUUUCAUUUAGUAGUAUAUUUAGUAUGUGCAUAUGCUUCUAUAUACAUAUAUGCAUAAAUAUAUGUUAAUAACUGUGCAUGGACUUUGAAGACCUUGGGAGAAAAAAUUAAAGAAUAAAUACAUUUGGAGGCAUAACUAUACCUUUUGUAUUUUCUUUUAUUUUCUGAAAAAUGGCCUACUUUGGAAUUUAUCUUAGUCUAAUAUAAGUUUUGGGAAGAACUGGACUGAUUUCUAGAUGUCUAUAAAUAAUCCCAAUGAGUAUUAUUUAUGCUUGAAUGUCUUUAGCUAAUUUGAAAUAUUUAUGCUCUAGAGGUCUUUCUGCCCUAUAUAUACAAUGUAAUGAAUGUAAGCUCUGUACUCUUUAAAACUCCUAAAGAAUGUGAUAUUUGCCAGUAAAACAAAACAAAAACAAAAGUAAGAGAAGAAGAAUUGUUAUUUGAUAUUUAAACAAUGUUGUCUUGGGGCGCCUGGGUGGCUCAGUUGCUUAAGCAUCAGACUUCAGCUCAGGUCACGAUCUCUCGGUCCGUGAGUUUGAGCCUCCCGUCGGGUUCUGGACUGAUGGCUCAGAGCCUGGAGCCUACUUCCGAUUCUGUGUCUCCCUCUCUCUCUGCCCCUCUCCCGUUCAUGCUCUGUCUCUCUCUGUCUCAAAAAUAAAUAAAACUUAAAAAAAAUGAAAUAAAUAAAAUAAACAAUGUUGUCUUGGCUUGUAUCUUAUUUUUCUGUAUUUUGUUGAUGAUUUUUUUCAUCAAUAAAUGAAAUUUUGCCAUUUGUGACAACAUGGAUGAAAUUUAAAGGCAUUAUGCUAAGGAAGUCAGACAGAGACAAAUACCAUAUGAUCUCAGUUAUAUGUGAAACCUAAAAAAAUAAAAUAAAAAAAUAAACAAACAAAAACAAAAGGUCGUAGAUACAGGGAACAGACUGAUUACCAGAGGCAGAGCUGGGGGUAAUCAAAAUGGGUGAAGGUAGUCAAAAGGUAUAAACUUCCAUUUAUAAUAUAGUCAUGGGGAUGUAGUGUACAACAUGGUGACUAUAAUACUGUAUUGCAUAUUUCAAAGUUAUUUAAAAGUCUUCAUCGCAAGAAAAAAUUUUGUAUGUAACUGUGUUUGUAACUCUGCAUGGUGACAGAUGUUAAGUAGGCUUAUUGUGGUGAUCAUUUUGUAAUAUACACAAAUAUCAAAUCAUCAUGUUGUACACCUGAAACUAAUAUAAUGUUAUAUGUCAAAUAUAUUUCAAUUUUCAA